CUUAACUAUAAGAAGUCUUAUACGUCUAAACUUUAAUUUUGCGCGCUCUACUCAAGAAUAAUGACUAGCAUCAAGCUUGAGGUUGUCUCAGAAGAACGGUCUCUACAUAAAUGGCGUGUUCUCUUGAAAGAAGACGUGUUUGCUUCAUUUAUAUCGAAAGGAGGUCCAAUUGUGCAUAAGGUUUUUGGUGAUAAAUCAUUGUUUGGACCAUUUUUGUUUAAAAAGUUUUUUGAUCCAUCGGAUGCUUUUCCACUUUGGGAAUUUGAACCAGGUGUAUUGUUGGCUCAUCUUCACAACCCUUGUGUGAAUUGGCUCCAAACCGAAGCAUGUUAUGUUCUAAACUCCGAGUUACCAAAACUAGAAAACAACAGCCUACGAGUUUGUGUCGAGAAUGGAAAGGUUUUGGAGAUUAGUGGGCUAUAUAAGCCCAAAGGAGAUUCGCGAGCAACGGAUUGGAGGAGUGGCAAAUGGUGGGAACAUGGCUUUGUUCGAAGACUAGAAUUGCCCGAAAAUGCAGACGGGAAGAAAAUCGAGGCGUAUGUGAACAACAACGACACGGUUUUGGACAUUAGGAUUCCAAAGACUUCAUUGGAAUGUGAUCACAUCCCUCAAGGAAACAAUUUAGUUACCAAAGAAUCUGCAUCUACAAGCACUUGAUAUUAUUAACACAAAAGGUUUUUUUUUUGUUUGUUUAUUGCUUUGUUAAUUCUCUCUUUUUGUUGGUAUUGACAGUAACUACAUACAUAAACAUAUGAGUAUAUGACAACACACUUGAGUACGAUAAAUACAAUACAUUUAUA